CAGCCAUCCGCAUCAAACAGAUUUCAUUCACUGAGUGGCCGCUCCGUGGAGAACAACAGGCUACCUCCCUCUGUCCUGUGAUGCUGCACAGCUAUGGGACAAAGGAAACAAAAACCCUAUGAUCAAGCUAUCUAACAAAGAGCCAUAAAAUCAACAUCUAUAUGGGAUCGUAAAUUAGGGGAACAUUGUGAAGACAGCACCUUUUUAUUACUCGUAUGAGCUAUUUAUUGUAAACAAUUCCCUCAUUAGACCAUAUUCUUAAGUGUUUAGUUAAGGGAGGUGAUGUUCUUCUGUAUUCAGUCAAGAUAUCACUACUGGCUAGGGGCUUGUAAGAAUAAUUUGGCACUAAGGUUGACAGAGAAGAGCUGCUUUAAAUAGCUAUGUGGAACAGAAUAUGCACAUAACUAGAGGGAUUCAGUCCGACCCAGUCCCACUGGCAGGGCAGAGACGUUCCUCCAGCAGCACCUCCACUGUGUCAUCAUGUGGCACUAGUUACUGACUGACUCUUCAGUACAGCCAGGAGCUGCAUCCCCAGCUGCACCAUGACUUCAUCGGACAAUGAUGAAACAGGGAGUGACCUGUCUGAGUGUCUGGAGAUCCGGGAGCUCCACGACCAGUACAUGGACCCAGAGACCUGCUUCAAAUCCAGAAGCUUACCCAUCCUGAAUGGACCAUGUCAGCCAAAUCGAAAGGCUGCAGAGCCUCGGCUGGUCAAAACUACCCACGCCUCUGUGGUCGGGGAGGAGAGCAGCGAGCUCCAGCCCAAAACCCCAGACUCCAGCCAGGCAGAGACUCCCUCUUCCAGGACCGACUUCUCCCCCUCUGCCUCCAGCAUGGUGGGGCUCAGUAGCUCUUUACCUCUGGAGGGCAACAGGGCCGCUGGCUCCGGGGUUAAAGAACUUGGUUUCUCUCUCACCCGCCUUAUCCGCAUCCCAGCCAGGAAGUAUGUGCGGCUCAUCCUGAGGGACUCCCGCUGCUUCCUGUUCUGCAUGUGCUACCUGACCUUCAUUCAGUCCCUGAUGGUUUCAGGCUACCUGAGCAGUGUCAUCACCACCAUUGAGAAGCGUUACAGUCUGCGCAGCUCUGAGUCCGGCCUGCUGGUCAGCUGCUUUGACAUCGGCAGCUUGCUGGUGGUGGUCUUCAUCUCCUACUUCGGCGGCAGAGGUCAGAGGCCUCGCUGGCUGGCUGUCGGUGGUGUGGUCAUCGCUGUAGGGGCAGCAUUGUUUUCCCUGCCCCACUUCAUCUCACCACCUUACCAAAUCCAGGAGAUGAACUCCUCAACGGGCCGCGAAGGCCUCUGUCAGAGCGGCAACAGCAGCGGGCGUGAGCUCAAUGUGGCAUCGUGCCCACGCGACCAGGAAGGCAAUGAGCACAACCUGUAUGUGACUCUGUUCAUCUGCGCCCAGAUUCUUGUAGGCAUGGGGUCGACGCCAAUCUACACCCUGGGGCCCACCUACCUGGACGACAAUGUGAAGAAAGAAAAUGCAUCUCUCUACCUAGCCAUUAUGUAUGUGAUGGGAGCCCUGGGACCUGCAGCUGGUUACCUUCUGGGAGGCGUCCUCAUUGGCUUCUAUGUUGACCCCAAAACUGUAGUCAACAUCGACCAGAGUGACCCCCGCUUUGUUGGCAACUGGUGGAGUGGCUUUCUCUUGUGUGCCGUAGCCAUGCUUCUGGUCAUCUUUCCCAUGUUUGCCUUUCCCAAAAAGCUGCCCCCACGCCACAAAAAGAGGAAGAGGAAAAAGAUUGGCUCACCCAGCAACCAGUCCAGCGACGACGAUGUGAUGAAGGAAAAGUCCAGUAGCAAAGAUCAGAACGUCACCUCUUCCAUGGGCUUUGGAAAGGACAUCAAAGAACUCCCCAAGGCAGCCCUCAGGAUCCUCAGCAACAUGACCUUCCUGUUUGUCAGCCUGUCCUACACGGCAGAGUGCGCCAUCGUCACCGCCUUCAUCACCUUCAUCCCCAAGUUUAUUGAGUCACAAUUUGGUAUCCCCGCCUCCAACGCCAGCAUAUACACCGGCGUGAUCAUCGUACCCAGUGCUGGGGUGGGCAUCGUGCUGGGAGGCUACAUCAUCAAGAAGCUGAAGCUCGGCGCUAGAGAGUCAGCCAAGCUGGCCAUGAUCUGCAGUGGGGUGUCUCUGCUCUGCUUCUCCACGCUCUUCAUAGUGGGCUGUGAGAGCAUCAAUUUAGGAGGCAUCAACAUACCUUACACCACUGGUCCGACCCUGACGAUGACCCAUAGGAACCUGACCGGCAGUUGCAACGUGAACUGUGGCUGCAGGAUCCAUGAGUACGCUCCGGUCUGCGGCUCAGAUGGCAUUACCUAUUUCAACCCCUGUCUGGCUGGAUGCAGCACUGUGGGCAAUGAUAGCACCGGGAUUAGGAACUACACAGACUGCGGCUGUGUGCAGAGCAGACAGGUCAUCACUCCGUCCUCGGGGGGCCAGGGCAACCAGCUCCAGCUGGUCAUCGUUAAAACCUACCUAAACGAGAACGGCUACGCUGUAUCGGGGAAGUGCGACCGCACCUGCAACACUCUCAUCCCAUUCCUCAUCUUCCUCUUCAUCGUCACUCUCAUCACCGCCUGUGCCCAGCCCUCCGCCAUCAUUGUCACACUCAGGUCUGUUGAUGAACAGGAGAGGCCUUUUGCUCUUGGGAUGCAGUUUGUCUUGCUCCGAACUCUUGCCUACAUCCCCACGCCCAUCUACUUUGGUGCUGUGAUUGACACCACCUGCAUGCUGUGGCAGCAGGACUGCGGCGUGCACGGCUCCUGCUGGGAGUACGACGUCACCUCAUUCCGCUUCGUCUACUUCGGCCUGGCCGCCAGCCUCAAGUUCGUCGGCUUCGUCUUCAUCUUCCUCACCUGGUACUCGAUCAAGCACAAGGAAGAUCGAGCCGAGCGCUGGCGCCAGCACCUGCCUCCGCUGGGCACCGUCAGUGAGCUUAUCUGCCACGCCGGAGGCCACAAAAGCCACGCACGCACCCGCUCCUGCCCCGUGUUCAUCCCACCUCGGGCCGACCCGCCCGCCGCCCUGCUGCUCAACCGCGGACACAGCAGCCUCAGCUGCCCUGGCAACGCCCUCAAAGCAAUAACCCCGCCCAUCCUCUUGCCUAAUCACCACAGAGGCUCCGCCCAUGUCUGAGAGCACGCCAUCCUCCCUCUGGCCUCCAUUGUGACAUGUGCCUUCCUGUUUGUGUUUCUACGCCACACAGUGUCUGCUUUACAUCAGUCAGACACCAGGCAGGGCUCCACAGCUGCUGUGGGACUGACAGGCAGGGACAUGGGUGCGCCCACCAUAUUUAAAGGGCUGCUAAUUGUUGUUUAUAAUAACAGGAAACUGACAGAUGUUCUUUUGAUUCUGAGCACAUCAUCCGCUGCAGCCACACACAUCAUCCACACAGGUCAGACCUCCACUUGAAGGUUCAGACAUCUCAUGGUGCUACUGUUAAAGGGCAGGGCAUUAAAACUCUGUACAGACAGAUGAGUCCUCAUCAACACGGCCUCUAAAGCACAACUGACAUACCUGUACUAUGCAAGAUCCUAUGUACAGCCCCCUCUCUACUCUACAUCUAUACCUCUCUCUUCUUCCCCGCCUAAUUCAUAUGUUGUUGUCGGCUCAUUCAUAAUCCCACUUUCCCUUACAGUCCGAGCUGUGAACAUAUCAGCAACCUCUUAUUUGAGCCAUUCCACCUGUUCUCCUGCCCGGUGUAGUUUGGAUCUUCAUAAUUGACCUUUUUCCUUUUUUAAUCCUGUUUCUCCUCUUUUGUUUUUUUUUUCUUUUUUUUUGUAACAGUGCCUCUCAGGCUGUCUCGGCCAGUCCAAUAUACAAAGCUAGCUACCAGGAUAAAUGCUAGCUACCGAAAAGCCAGUCACUAUCCUCUCAGUUGAGCGCAAUAUUCUGCUUUGUUGACCUCAGCUUCUGCGUUUGUGAACGGUUGUCCCCGAGCUUGAGCCUUUGCGCCCCAUUGGACGAAGCUCGUCGCCUUUGCAAGGUAACCAUGUAGCUUAAAGACGACAAACACCAAUGGUACAGUGUUCUGUGAAAUCUACAUUUCAUUACACAUCACAGUAGUUUAUUAUCACAAUGUGGCAAACAGGAAUAAGACAAGUAUCUUAUCGUUGACCAUGUGCUGAAGCUACUGUAUGUCCAGAAGAUGUGAUUGUAUUUUGUUUCUUGAACUGUGAUGGAGUUUCUAAAGAGUGGCAAAACCGCAACACAUUUGAACCACUUUUAAACACCACAACUUCAAAGUAAAAUGAUUUGUAUUUAAUCUAUUGCAACAAAUAACAAAUGCAAGGAUGCAUCACUUUGGCUUCAUAUUGUAAUGGCUUCUCCAUUCUAAUGGUCAUCAGAUGUACAUAGUAGUUAUCUAGUAGGCUAGGCUUUUAAGAAAGUAGUGCAGCAAGCAUGUAAAAGCCCUUUUAUCAGCAAGAGUAAUCAGAUGUUGAUUAUUCAGAUCCUGGGUGUUUGGGGCCCUCUAGUGGACAGAGAGAUGAUUGAAGGCCAGUGAAUGUUGCGGUUUGUCAGACCUACUGUACUAUGAAAUUCUUGGUUAAAAGGUUAAUUAUUAAACUUAAUCACUGCACUGAAUUUAGCACUUCAUUUUCCAGAGAUGUACCUUCUGCAAGUCAUGUUAAAAAAAUUGGUCUGCUAGUUUGGUGGUGAAGUUUACAACAUUCAGUAUAACCGAUGCCAUGUUUUACUAGAAUCGUAUAAUUGUGGCUCAUGGAUUAACCUCCCUUUGAAUAGGACAGGUAGUGUUUGCAGAGAAAUGAAAGCGCUGGUAUGGCCUUUGUGUAAAAAAAACAAACAAAAAACACAACCUUUGUUCAAUAUUGGAAAUAUUGGUACAUGUUUUAAAAACCACAUUUAAUGAAUUUGUUUUUUCUAAGGGGGAAUAUAAGUAUAAUAAAGUUAAUGUAUUUUAUGUCCUGAUCAGUUUGACUUCAUUUUAGUUAUUAAAAGUUUGAAAGGAAAUGAGAAUCUGAAGUGUGUGCAGUGAAUCCAUUUUAAAAGUUAACAUUUUUUGGCCAAGAUUUAUGGUUUUCUGCCAGGUAAGGAUUAUCAAGUUGUAAUGGUGGUAACUAAUAGUAUUAUUGUGACUUAGUACCUCAAAUGACAUAUUCAUAAGUGAUCAUCGUGUAAAUAUUGACAAAGAAUAUAAAACUUAUUGAGCUCACACAUAGUUAGAAGCAUAUUUAUGAACUAACCUAUGAUAUUGUAGUUAAAACAACUUAAAAGCUACAAAAAAUGGUGGAUUUGUCUCGCGGUGCCUGAACAGUGUUCUUCACAUGGGAAGGGUUGAGUUCAUCAUGUGGGGAGGGAGUUGGGUUAUUGCAAUGUACUACACAAUUGAGUUAAUUUAAACGCUGAAGUAAUGCUACCCACAAUGCCCUUCUCCCCAUCUGUAAUCGAUCCUCUAGGGCUCAGUAUUUAGCACAGCCUCGAGGAAUACCAAUGUACGAUCACUGAUCAUGUGACUGGAAAGCCAAACGUGAUCCUCGCUGAGUCAUCUUACAAUUAAGUAUUUAUUCUAUUCACUUAAUGUUACGGCUGCUUAUGAAAUUCUGUUCUGAUAAAAUACCAAAUGUUGAGUAAAAAUGUUUAAAUCUGUUAAAAUUCUCCUACUUACUGAACUUUGCAUACGGUUUAGUUAGAACAUUAGCAUACAGGGAAGGGUAGAGAAUCGUCCAGCAAGGCCACACUGAUCAUUAGACUGUAAAUGCAGGGAUGUCUGCCUGUACUGUACUGUACACCUACUACUUGGUAUUACUGUAGUGUGUCCUGCUGUUCAAAUGCCUGGGUUACUACUGACACAGACAACCUCAGGUUGACUGUAGCUUUGCUUCAACACAUUAUCCUGGACAGAACAGAAGCUGUAUAUUCUCAAAGUCUAACUCUUAUUGCUUUUGUUUCUCAGGAGCAGAAGUCUAUAAUUGAUGUUUGUGAACACAUGGUUUGCAAAUGCCUUGAAUACUUGAUAUUUGUCAUUAAAAAAAGAAACAAA